GCAGGUGUAUUCUGCCAAGUGAAGGCGCAGGACGCAGAACGGGAACAACGCACAACAGCCUCAGGACCGUAUCACCUGCUCCAAAGGAAAACACUUCAUUCUUAGACAUGCUGCUGCUUAACACGCUCGUUACCCUCAAAAUAACGGGAUUUUCUCUCAGCUUAGAUGUGGUAGGUUAACCGAAGGAUGAGGGUACCGUGAAACUGAGGGACGCAUUUGGAAAAUUCUGCACUGACAAAAAGAAAGUCAAGGAUUACUCUUUUGGCUCCCUCACUAAAACAACUCAUUCUUAAUAAGUACAAAAUUCCCUGCAAGGAUGGCCGGGACACUUUUAUCAGUGCAGUCACUCUACAUAGGAAUGGAGAUGGUGAUUGCUGUCGCGUCUGUAAUCGGGAAUGUGAUGGUGGUUUGGGCGGUGAAGAUUAAUAAAUCGUUGCGAGAUACCACGUUUUGUUUCAUCGUCUCCCUGGCUCUGGCGGAUAUUGCAGUGGGAGCACUCGUCAUCCCUUUGGCCAUUACUAUCAGCAUCGGACUUCAAACACACUUUUACAGCUGCCUGCUCGUGGCGUGCACAGUGCUGGUGCUGACGCAAAGUUCAAUCCUGGCCCUCUUGGCUAUUGCAAUAGAUCGCUAUCUCAGGGUCAAGAUCCCGACCAGGUACAAGCGAGUGGUGACCCCUCGGCGAGCGGCAGUGGCGGUCGUGAUUUGCUGGACGGUAGCUUUUAUUGUGGGGCUCACACCCAUUUUUGGCUGGAACAACCUGAAACGCCUCAAGCACAACAGCUCCAUCAGCUCUGACCUCAUCAUCACCUGCCAGUUUGAAAAUGUCAUCAGCAUGGACUACAUGGUCUAUUUUAACUUCUUCGGCUGGGUGCUCCCACCUCUGCUGCUCAUGCUGGUCAUCUAUGCAGAGAUCUUCUACAUGAUCCACAAACAGCUUAACAAUAAGAAACUGAACACCAGUCAUGCGGAUCCCAACAAGUACUAUAACAAAGAGUUGAAUCUUGCUAAAUCUUUGGCUCUCGUCCUUUUUCUCUUUGCUGUGAGCUGGCUCCCCCUCCACAUCAUCAACUGCAUCACACUCUUCUGUCCUGAGUGUGAGAAGCCCAUAGCCUUCCUCUACAUUGCCAUCCUGCUCACCCACGGCAACUCUGCAGUAAACCCAAUUGUCUAUGCUUUCCGCAUUAAGAAGUUCCGCUCAGCUUUCCGGAAAAUCUGGCAGCAGUACUUCUGCUGCAAGGACACAUCAGCUCUGGAGGCUCAGGCCAGUGACAGGAAAGAGAUGCCAACGUUAGACCUACAGCAGGCAACACCGCCUCUGUCCCCUCAUACGGAAAUCCCUAAAUCUCAGGCUUUGUCUGAGCCACAGCAACUCCAGAAGGCUGAAUCACCUAAAGAGCAUAAAGGACCGCCAUCCUUCCUGGAGCAGAAUGCAGUCUGAACACAGGAUAGAGCUGAUACCUGGAGAAGUAAUGAUCAGCUUGCAAAGCACUGGCUCUCUCCUCAUCUAGCGAAUAACAUGCAUUGUUUAACGGGGGUCAAUGCUUAACAGAAUGGGGCCUGUUAAAUAACUGGA